AUGAAUGCAGCCCAGUGUGCGGAGGUGCGCAACAUCACGUCACGUUCUUACGCUGAUGUGCACCUCCUGCACGGGCCACUCCAACGAAAAGAAAAAAAAGGUUUCAAUGAUCAGGGGACCCUUUAUCAGCGCAUCCGGUCUCCUGAUCUAUGUAUUGCAGUUUUGCUGGGAGGAAGUUCCCCUGACCCUGAUUACCAACAAGCUGCCGGGACAGAGAGGAGGGAGACCAAGAGGCUGCACCAGAGGAAGGAGAGCGUAACUUCCAUCACAUUCAGCCAGAUGCCACUGGACACCAG